UUUUAAGGUGGAUGUUGUUAGGAAAUCUACCCCGAUUCUUGCCUUAACUGUUUGGAAACAUGAAAUGGAUUUUGAUUCCGACACCUACUUGGAUAACAUUGGCGAGGGAUCUGAUCCUGAUGUAGAGACUGAUUCACAGCUCCCCGCUCACAGGGCAGCAUCCAAAGGGGAGAUAAUUGCUCUCGUUAAGGCCAUUAAACGGGACCCCAGCUCUCUGGAGCUAGAGGACAGUGAAGGCUUAACUCCCUUGGGGUGUGCUGUAAAAUCCAAACAGUUGGAAGCUGUGAAGCAAAUCAUCAAGAUGGGAGGAAAUAUAAACACUCAGGACUGUCAGGGAAGGACUCCACUGGCCCGGGCAACAUAUGAAGGUUGGUUUGAAGGAGUGAUAUACUUGCUUAGAAAAGGUGCAAAACAGAGCAUAGCUGAGAAAUCUGGGAGGACACCUCUACAUGCAUCUACCUACGACAAAGAUGUCAGAAUAAUUGGUGCUUUACUGCAGACUUUAUCUAAAGAAGAAGUAGCCAGAGAAGACAAUGAGAAAAUGACUGCUCUCCAUUGGGCUGCCUUCCAUAACAGACCAGAACACCUACAACUAUUACUGAUGAGUGGGGCAGUCAUGCAUUGUCAGGAUAUAGAUGGAAAAACACCUCUACACUGGGCUGCCGAGAAAGGUAGUGUAGAGUGUUGCCAUCUCCUGCUGCAAUGCUGUAAGGGACCUAAACUUGUCAAUCAGCUGGACCACAGUAGUAAGAAUGCCAUACACUAUGCUGCAGCAGCCGGUCACUACCUGUUGCUACGGGAACUGGUCAGUGUUGAGGGGGCUGAUCUGGAAGCUGAGGAUCCUGAUGAUAGGACACCACUUCACUGGGCUGCAGCUAUGGGUCACCAUCAAUGUGUCAAUGUACUGCUGAAUAUGGGGGUCACACCCAACCCCACAGACAUUGAAGGAGGGACCCCACUAGACUACGCCAGGAAGACAGGUCACAAAGAAUGUGUAAGGCUAUUGGAGGAGAAGAUGGGAAUCAAGGGCAGUCAUGUUGUAAACAGACGAUCCAAAGUCAAAAAGUCUGACUCCAAUCGGAAUCCAUUUGGGAAACUCAAAGACCUCUUCCGACCCAGAAACAAGAAAAUUUCCUCCACCCCCACCUCGGAUGCUACUAGUGACUCUAUAGAAAUGAGGUCAUUUGACAAGCAAUCCGUAACCACCUCCAUGUCAAACUCGGAGCGAUCUCUGAAAGAACUGGCCAGGAGAGAGGAAUCUCGACCCACAUCAAAGUCGCAGAGCCUGGAUAACCAGAUAAAAUCACCCGUGACCCCCACUAGUGUCAUAGUGCCAAAAAUUGUCCUAUCAACAUUUGAUGAGGCAGAGGAUGACCAAGGAUUGCUGAAACAGAGGAAAAGCAGGUCAAGGCGACAAAAAAAGAAACGCUCACACAGACAGACCUCAGCAACAACAACAUUUGAAGAAAACUAUGACCUCCACAUUGGGAGUGGUCUCAAGGACAAGAAUCGCCUUGACAACCAGAAUAUUGGUGUUGGCAUGGGAACCAGUAACCUGCUUCCUCCUGUGAUGAGUCCAAGGAUGUCACCUCUACCCCCCUCCCCAAUCCCUCAGGACCUCCCCAAAACACCUCCACCUCACAAAUCCUCUAGGGAACUAGCUCCUCUUCGAGUGCCUCAGAUCAAGUCUCCUGGCCCUCAUCCAGUUCCAAUAGUACAGACCCCUGAAAUAUUGUACGAUGAAGAGGAUGUAUCGUCCCCAAAUGCUUCUCCUCCUUAUUCUGGAUACAGACGAAUCGACAGUGGAGUGUCAGUUGCUGUGCCACAGCUUUCACAAGAGCACCUUCACAGACAACUUAAAUCAGAGACAAAGUCACCUCAUCAGGCCACAUCUCCAUGGUUACAGGUUCAGCCAAUUCAAAGAGACCCAUACGAACGUCGUCUUUCAGGAAGCUCCCAAGCUUCCUCUACACAAGGGGGCAUGGAUCACAUUGACUUCCUGUCUGUGUCUUCUGGUCAAAGGUCAAGGCUAUCGUCUAUCUCACAAGGCUCCAUUCCAUCAGGUCAUAGGUCAAGGUUAUCGUCCAUAUCUCCAGGAUCGGCUCGCAGUGAUGUCAGUGUCAGACUGACUUCCAUUACACCCACUCAUUAUGGUUCACCCAAGCCUGUGUCAUUAGUGGGGUCACCAAGUCCACCACAAAUAUCAAAAAUGGAGAAACGGACAAUGGACCGUAGAAUUCAUAGUUUGCUUCAUUGAUAAACAUAAACUUCAUAGUCUGUUUCAUUGAUACACGUAUAUACUUCAUAGUCUGUUUCAUGCCUCCAAAGAGAGAUAACUGUGUAAGGUACACAAAUCAAAAUCAGGAAUGUGUGCAUCAAAAAUGGGUUGAAGUGAAUCAAAUCAUUGAGAUCAUUUCAAGCAAGAA